UCAUCGUUCGCUCUUUCGCCGUGUUUUGUUGCUAGAAGCCGCACGUGUGUUCCGCAAAUUUUUCACAAAAAACCAUGGAUAAGUCCGUUGUGUUGGCUCGCGUUAUCAAGGUUCUCGGCCGUACCGGUUCCCAGGGCCAGUGUACCCAGGUGAAGGUUGAAUUCAUCAGCGAACAGAACCGCCAGAUCAUCCGCAAUGUGAAGGGUCCAGUCCGCGAAGGUGACAUCCUGACGCUGCUGGAGUCCGAACGUGAAGCCAGAAGAUUGCGAUAAGAUGGGACCGGAGGGAGAGCGCGAUUCUGUUUAGGAUUAAGCUUGGAGAGGAUUUGCAUCGCUUGUUUCCGAUGCUGGACGACGUCAAAUGGUUGAUUUCAAAUUAUCAACAAAUCCUUGGCCUCGAAAUCAAAUAGAAAAAUGCAAAUCUUUAUUAAUAAACGGGAACGAAUGUGAAUUCAA